AUGGCUUCAUCGGAAGCAUCGGCCGUUCUCGUCAUUUUGCUCCAGCGCCGGCAUGCCAAGGGGAUGAUUGCAUCUAUUCUGGACUCCCUCACCUGGCCAAUGGCAUGCACGAUUGCCAACAAAUCGACAUCUGCUGUAUUGAACACUUCCACCACCGAAAGACAGAGUGUUGUGAAUGUCUGGCUCGAUUGCAUAUCCGCGAGCUCGAUCGCAACCCGAGAACCGCACAGCCGGAGUGAGCUGUGGUCCACCGUUUACAGCCAACUAUCCGAGCAUUUUCGACUCUCAGACCUGGCCGAGCAUUUCCAUUCGCUGGAUCAAAAGGAGCUUGCGAAAUGCCUGCUGCAGCAUUGGGUUCCGAAGCUUUCCGCUCUGCCAACCGAGACUCACGUGGGACAUGCAACACUGCCGCAGGAUAUCGAAUGGAAAAUACGCUUCAACCGACAGCAGCAUCACAAUCCAGACCAGGGGUUUGAUGAAGCACUAAACGACUCCGACUUCAACCAUCCGCUCACCGACCUUAUCUCCACCCUUGUCGCACACAACAUCCCUUACGAAACUCUCAUGGUCGACAUUUACAGGUAUUGGCAGAAGACCAAAAAUCCGAUGUUCAUUGCGGAUCGCACUUUUGAAAUUUGCGGCAAUCCGCCAAGAAUUGCCAUCCCGUCCACGACGACAACGGCGCUGGUACGGACUUUCCUCGACAAUGGCGCUACAGAAGCCGCUUGGCAUGUCGUGGACGCAGCAGGGCCAAUGCCCGCUUUUCCCGCCAGUUCCUUUCGCGAGUUUGUGAUGGAUUAUGUCCAAAAAUCACGGCAUUGGAUUAUCCCAUGGAGGAUGAUUGACCGCUGGGCGGAUGAGGACGAAGCUUCCCCUGCCGCACACCAGACAAAUCGCAAAUUGAUCUCGCCGGAGCUUGUAUCUUUCGUACAAGACAUCGCCUACGCGUGGGCGCAGUCUCCGCUGAUCACGCCUCGCACCGCCUACCGUCACGUCUGGGAAUGUUAUCGCUUCCUCAACGACUACAACAUCCCCGUCAGCCGUCUAUUGUGUCGUGCUUUCCUCAGAGCCGGAGUGGUGAGGUACAUCGAAGCUCGACAGACAUUGGCAAAGACGCAAGUCCAUUUCGUCCUCUCGAUCGUGGGAAAGCUAGAGGGGAAGCACGUGCAGGAACGACUCGACAAAAUGGUCUACGACUACUGGAACACGUAUCGGAGAUUUGCAAAGGUGAAGCCCGCGGAGCAGCUGUUUCAGGAGAAGUGGCUGGGCCUGCGAGUUGCGCCGGAUGGUACAAAGACUUUUCGCAAGUGGAAGUCGAGGGUGCGAAGGAAGGCCAAUGCAGCGCUGCUUCGGGAGAAGGCACUCUUCGACGAAGGCAUGGCGGUGCAGCCCACAGCGCCGGAGGGUGUCGAUGCUCCUCCGUCGCUUGCAGUGGAAGCUGAAAUCCAGAGACCGGAUAGUCUACUGAUGACCCUCAAAACGGCCGUUCAGGAUUUCACGGGCGACACGCAGAGAAUGGAGAGGGAGGCGUUUGAGUCGCGGGAGACGGAUCCCGAGGCAGACAACCCCUUCCGGCCCGUCAGCGACGACGUGCGGAAUGUGAGAGUCGGCGAGGUGGUCCCAUUCCAGCCUUUUGCAGGCGAUGCUGCUAAAGAGGGCCAGCCUGGAUCUCCCAUGCUUUCCCCACCGCGCCCACGCCGCCAGCUCCGUCAACGCACGUACGACAUUCAUGACGAAGAUUUGUCCCAGGCUAUGACCGUGCAGAGUAUCCACGCCAAGGAAACCAAUGCUGGUGUAGAGCAGCGCGCCUGUUUCCCAAUCGAAGUUGGAGAUUCGGAGCCGGCUGCGGUGGAGGUGGAGGCCGCGCCGCCUGCGAGCGUAGAUCUGUCGCUCGAGCAGCUGAAGCUGCGCACUUAUGAACUGGAGCUGGAGCUUGCGGGCUUGCAGCACAAGCUUGAUCUCAGGCAGGAAGCAGGGUCUGGGUCAAUGGGAUUGCCCUCACUCAAUACGAGCGGUGUUGAGGAGCAGACAUGGAUGGAAACUCUCGACACAGAUGCGAAUCGAUCAACAGACACGAGUAUCUAG